GAAAAAGAGAAGCUACUGGCAGGCGCCAAAGCGGCAGAAGCCAAGUCUCAAGCUUAUCCGCUACAAGACUCGCAGUCGCCAACGCCAAGCUAUAGCGAUUAUAAUUUGCAUUUGCAACAGUCUGAUAGCGCCGGCAAACAAGAUGUAUCUGUACUAGCAAGUAGUACUUCUAGUAAGCCGCAGAGAGUCCAUCUUCCAGGUUGGACACCAUUGAAAAAAGGCCCGAUAUCGAAGCAGAG